AUGGCCCUCGACGUGACCGCUCCAUGCAGCGCCCCUUCAGCUGCCCUGGCUAGUUUCUCGUCACUGAUCCAGGCGCCUACCGCUCCCCUUCUGCCUGCCCCUGCUCCACGUCGCCGGAACGUGGUGCCACCGAAUUUCACCCCCCGGCGCAGCCAUCGGCUGGUGCGCUCUGACCGAGGCCUCGACUCCGAGUCCAAGGCACGGCGUGUCCUUCUCCGCCGCCUUGGCCUCCUUAGCGACGACGAGCCACUCUCUGCGGAUAUCUUGGCUAAAUACUCCAGGCUCUUUGAGGAACCCCUUGCGGCCCAGACUGUGCAGGAACUCGCCGACUUCUACGGUUGGAACGUGCCGUCUAGUUUCUCGCUCGGGUCCGCGACGCCGAACACUCGUGGCCUCAACUGUCCAGCGAAGCGCAGCGCUGUCCGCUCGUUCGUGCGUGCUGCUCGCCCCGCUGUGGUUUGCUUGCAGGAGACGAAGCUCGCAGAUGUCACCCCCUUCCUAGUCGCCGACUCCCUUGGGAACGAGUUCUCUAGUUUCUUUCACCUCCCCGCUGACGGCACGCGCGGAGGCAUCGUCCUCGCUUGGCGCCCUUCUGAGAUCUCCCUUACCAACCCCCUCAUCAGGGCUCAUUUCGUCACGGCCUGUGCUACCACUCCAGGCUCCGACUCCUACUGGUGGAUCACGGGCGUCUACGGCCCCCGGGACGAGGCGGGCAAAGCCUCCAUGCUCGCAGACCUCUCCGACUUCCGCGCCGCUCGGAUUGGCCCUUGGAUUGUCAACGGUGACUUUAACAUGAUCACGUCCGCGGCUGACAAGAAUAAUGACCGGCUCAACCAGCCCUCUAUGCGGCGUUUCUGUCACUUCAUGGCCGACACUGAGAUCCGCGAUCUAUAUCUGCAUGGCAGGCGCUACACCUGGUCCAAUGAGCGCGACCCUCCCACUCUCACGGUCGCCGCCGCUUGGCAUGAGCCGGCGCGCGACUUGGACCCGUUUCGCCGCAUCUUCGCCAGCCUCAAAUGCACCGCUCGUCGUCUGCAGAGCUGGAGCGCUCGGAGGAUCGGCCAUGUUGCGCUUCAGCUCUCCAUCUCCCGCGAGCUCAUCGCGCGCCUCGACGCGGCUCAAGACUUUCGGCCCCUCUCGCUGGCGGAAUCCUGGCUUCGUCACCAGUUGAAGAGAACUUACCUUGGACUCACCUCCCUGGACAGAUCCAUCGCUCUCCAACGGGUCCAUCUUUCCUGGCUGCGCGCCGGCGACACCGACAUUGCCUUCCUCCCCCUUCGGGCUGCCCAUCGCAGACAUCGGAACCGCAUCCAUGAGCUCCGCGUGGGCGAUGACGUCGUCACUGAACCCGUGGCCAUGGCUGAGGCCGCCUUCUCCCACUUCUCUAGCCUGCUCGGCACCGCCGACCACCGUGACCAUACCAUCGCCCUUGACGAAAUUGACGAUAGGCACUUCGACCUUUCUGCACUCGACCAACCCUCCUCCGCCGAUGAGAUCUGGUCCGCCGUUCGCCAGUUGCCCCGCGGCAAGGCGCCCGGACCUGACGGCUUCACAGUCGAAUUCUUGAUCGCUGCGUGGGAUAUCGUCCGCGAUGACUUCGUCGAGGCCUUCGGCAAGCUCUACGACCUCAACGGCCGUGGCUUCCACAAGCUGAACGAAGCUCUCCUCACCAUUCUUCACAAGCAUCCGGAAGCCUCAUCGCUCUCUGAGUAUAGACCGAUCAGCCUCAUACACCUGUUCGCCAAGUUGUUCGCCAAGGUGCUCUCUCUCCGGCUUGCGCCGCGUCUCGGUGAGCUCAUCUCCACCAACCAGAGUGCCUUGAUUGCCGGUCGGAGCAUCCACGACAACUUCAUGCUCGUCCAGCAGACCGCCAGGCAACUGCACUCUCUCCGUCUGCCGCGUGUCCUCCUCAAGCUGGACAUCGCCCGCGCUUUCGACUCCGUCUCCUGGCCGUUUCUCCUCGAGGUGCUUCAGCACCUGGGUUUUGGUCCCCGCUGGCGCAACUGGAUAUCCAUCCUCCUCUCCACGGCCAGCACCAAGGUGCUCAUUAACGGGCUCCCAGGACCACCGAUCCGGCACUACAAGGGGCUUCGCCAGGGCGACCCCGUGUCCCCCAUGCUCUUCGUGAUCGUCAUCAAUGUCCUUAACCGCCUCUUCCAGCGCGCGCACCUCCCUGGGGCUCCUACGCCGGCUCACUGGCCGCCAUAUGGCCUCCAGCCUCUCCCUCUACGCGGACGACGUCUGCCCCCCGAGCUCCGUGGAUCCAUCUCCGACCACUUCCCGUGCGCGAUCGGCGAGUUCCCCGCCAAGUACCUCGGCCUCCCGCUUUCCAUCCAGAAGAUCACCGCCUCAUCUCUCCAACCCUUCGUCGAAAAGCUGGAGAAAAAGCUCUCCCCAUGGUGGGCGUCCAUGCUUUCCCACGGCGAGCGUUUGGCCCUUAUCCGACAUGUGUUCUGCGCGAUGCCCACGCACAUCCUGAUUGCCAUGUCUCUGCACCCCUCCAUUCUACGCCAAGUGAAUCGCCUCCUCCGCGCUUUUCUCUGGCAAGGACUGAAGACCACCAAUGGAGGCCACUGCCUUGUCAGCUGGGCCAAGGCCAUCUUUCGAGCUUCUACCUCCUGGACGAUCGGCGACGGUGCCACCUGCCUAUUUUGGGACGACCACUGGAUCAACGGGCUCUCCAUCGCCGAGCUGGCUCCGCUCCUCCACGCCCUCGUCCCCCGCCGACACCGCAGAGUCCGCACCGUGGCCGCGGGCCUGGCCUCCCGCGCCUGGAUCCACGAUGUGCAGGGCCAUCUAUCCCCCGCGGCGCUGGUUCAAUACGUCCUUCUCUGGACGCGGCUUCAACAGGUCACGCUCUCCGCCUCGCCGGACGUCCUCACCUGGCGCUGGACCCCGAGCGCCGUAUACUCCGCCAAAUCCUGCUACAAAGCUCUUUUCGUCGGCUCUACGAUCGAGCCCUCCUGGCGCCUCACCUGGAAAUCCUGGGCACCCCUACGCAUCAAGAUCUUCCUCUGGCUCGCCUUCCAGGGACGAUGCUGGACCGCCGACCGGCUUGCUCGCCGCGGCCUUGCCCACGCCCCUCUUUGCCUCCUUUGUGACCAGGAGCCCGAGACCAUGGCGCACUUGCUCACGGGCUGCGUCUUCUCCAGGCAAACUUGGCACGAAGUCCUUUCUUGGCUUCGUGUCCCCAACAUGCCGCUUCCAGGCCCCGGGCUAUGUUUCCGCGACUGGUUCGCCCAGUCCGUGGAGGACGCCCCCACCGCCCUUCGUCGCGGCCUAGCCUCGCUCAUCAUCCUCACUGCAUGGCGCAUUUGGAAGGCGAGAAACGCUUGCGUCUUCAACGGAGCAACCCCCUCUAUCCCGCUCCUCGUCCACGACAUCAAGGAAGACGCCCGCAACUGGGCCGCCGCCGGAGCCAAGGGGCUCAGCAACAUGCUCCCGCCCGCGUAG